AUGCGUCCACCACCUCCACCCCCACGACGACGUGUAGAGGAAACGUUUCUCAAACAAAACCCGUCUGUAUUCGAUGGGAUGGGAGACCCAGCUAAUGCCGAGACAUGGAUACGCAGCAUGGAACGUAUUUUCAAUCUACUACAAUGCACUGAUCAAGAACGACUAAAUUGUGUGGCUUUUCAACUGGAGGGCCCGGCUGACUAUUGGUGGGAAGCUAGGAGAAAGAUCAUGUGUCCAGAACAACUAGCACAGUUAACUUGGAAAGAUUUCAAGGAAGAAAUAUAUGACAAAUUUAUUCCACGGAGCUAUCGAAAGGAAAAAGAAGUCGAGUUCUACAACUUAACACAAGGCAAAAUGUCUGUGACUGAUUACGAUAGAACGUUUUGCAACAUGUCUCGUUACGCGCUUUUGCUAGUUGACACUGACGCGAAGAUGGUAGCGAAGUUUUUGGGCGGUUUGAGGCAUGAAAUAAGAAUGGCACUAGCAAGUCAAGGGGAACUACCCUACGCUGAAUCUUUGAGACGGGCAUUGGACAUCGAGUCAGCCAUGCCUAAAGAGGAUGCAUCAGUACCUACACCACUACCAUUGCAGCAACAACAUAACUCCCGAAACAAGAGAAAAUGGGAUGAGGAUCGGACUCCAUAUGAUGACAAGAGGCAAGAACCCACCAGAAAUCAAAUGCAAUACGAUGGGAGACGAGACAUUCCCAGUCAAAGAGGUGAAUACCGACCUAAGGUCCCACUUUGCGUUAAGUGCUCCAAGCACCACUUUGGUGUGUGCAAGGCUGGCACCAAUGAGUGCUACAAAUGUGGCAGGAGUGAACAUUUCUCCAAAGAAUGCCCAAACAAGAAAGAUGAGAUGAGGGUAAUGAAGAACUACAAAGGAUCACACUCACAACUUCAUGCACUUCAGGCCGAAGUAAGUAGAGACCUAUCCCCACCCGCAUACCAACACCGGUACCAACACCAAGGCUACGAAGAAGCUACCGGGGAAUUGGAAGACAAGAUGGAGAAAUAA